AUGAUAUGGGCAACUGAGACAAACAGACUGAAUUGUGAUUUUGUUUUCAAAAAUGGCGUUGAAUGGCUUACAAAUGAAGAUCUGGGUGGACAGUAUUACGACGAGGCUGCUCCUAUUGUGGAAGCACAAAUUCUCAAAGCAGGGAUUCGCCUGGCCGUGUGGUUGAAUGCUUUGGCAGCUGACAGAGCUUCAUCAGGGGAGCGAUGUGAUUAUCGAUAUGGAAAGAUGAGAAUACAAAAGGGGCUAUAG